GCCAUCUUUGAUAAAUGAGAGGCGAGCGGCGGCGGUGGCAACGCACACACACACACCGGGGGGCGGGGGGGAAAGAAGGAAGACAACUCGAGCCGGGCCUAGCAGCCAGGACGACAAACCCCACGCCGCUUCCACACUCCUCGACUGAACGCCUCCCUGUGAAAUGUCAGCCAUGAACCCCGAGUAUGACUACUUGUUCAAGCUGCUGCUUAUUGGCGAUUCUGGUGUUGGCAAAUCUUGUCUACUGCUCCGGUUUGCUGAUGACACUUACACUGAAAGCUACAUCAGUACCAUUGGUGUCGACUUCAAAAUCCGAACCAUAGAAUUAGAAGGCAAAACCAUUAAGCUACAAAUUUGGGAUACGGCCGGACAAGAACGGUUCAGGACCAUCACUUCCAGUUACUACAGGGGAGCACAUGGCAUUAUCAUUGUCUAUGAUGUCACCGAUCAGGAUUCCUUUAAUAAUGUCAAGCAGUGGCUGGAAGAAAUAGCUCGUUACGCAAGUGAAAAUGUGAACAAAUUGCUUGUGGGGAAUAAAUGCGACUUGACUAGUAAGAAGGUGGUGGAUUAUACUACAGCGAAGGAGUAUGCUGACUCUCUUCAAAUCCCAUUUUUGGAAACGAGCGCAAAAAAUGCCACCAACGUUGAACAGGCAUUUGUGACGAUGGCUGCCGAGAUCAAGAAUCGGAUGGGGACUGGACCAACACACAACGAUGAGAAGUCCAAUAUCCGAAUCCAGAGCACUCCCUUAAAGCAAGGCAGUGGUGGUGGCGGCUGCUGCUAAGGGCAGGAAAGUGGCAGAGACAGAUCCAUUCCUCUUGCACAGUAUAUUGAAACUACAGCAUUCGUCUCCUGAGCAGUAAUGGUUUUAAAAUAAUUGCCCAUUGAUUUGUGCCCAUUCUUGGCAGAUCCAUUCUGACCAAAUGGACAUGAGACCAAUUGGAAUUUCCAGGAAAAUUUGUCUUAGUUAACACGUCUUAAUUUCUUGUCUACUGUUUUGAAACACUUGGAUUGUAAGAUAUUUUGUAGUAUUCAAUUUCUCCCUUGUCUCUUUUUUUUUUUUCCCCCUUCCCACAAAGGUCUUGUUGCACUGGGGUCAAGACUAACUAGACACCUGAGAGCCACGGUUAAGGUUCAGUCACACCCCUACCUACCCUUUAGUGCAAAGUUGUGGAAUUAAGUGAAGGAAAGUGAAAUGCACAAAAAAAAUGUGGUUGACUUUUAUCUGGGAAUGAGCCUUUUGCAUGUCGGUAUAGUUGUGUCAGGAAAUAUUUAAAAUUUGGCAGAUGUGCAGAAUGGACUCAUUUGCAGUAAAGUGACUCAUCUUAAAACAUUAUCUUCCUGUACUUAACCAAUUUAAAUAGUUUAUCUGCAUACUUGUAAAUGCUAAACACCCGUCUUGAGUGUCUGAUUCUCCUGGGAAGCAUUGUAACCGAUCUUGCAGCAUCUACACACAUUGAGUCUAGCUAGGCAGUGUAUAAAGGGCCAAACUGGCUGUUGAUUAUUGACUGUAACAUUGAGUUGGUUGCUCUACCAUUCUUUGCUGUUGUAACAUCUAUUUGCUCAUUGCAGUAUGGAUAUCCAGUAUAUUGUUCAGCCUUCCCACUAACAUUACUACUUUAACCACUUUGUAAAAUUUUACAUUGCUCAAACCCUACAAUGUGAAAGAAGUUGAAUGUCCACGUUGUAUUUAAGCUAACAUGGGGUGACGUGGUGUUGAAUGGACCAAGUGCAACCAGCCGGCUCUUGAAAGAUUACAGAUAAUACGUGUCGGGCAAAUGUCUUGCCCGAAUUAGUUUUCAUGUAGGUCAAGUCUCGAUGUUUGUCGCAGGUGAGUGGAGAAAGCAAGGGAAAUAAUCAAGUUUGUGGGUGAAUUGAAUGCUUGGAAAGGCUGGGAAGCUGGGUGGUAAAAUCUGAGGCUCACACUGACAAACCUGUUUGACUUCCUUUCACUAUCGGGCAUGAAUCCAACUGCUCAUGGUUACUGCACCAAAUCUUGCAGCAUCUCGGGUAAUGAUUCUGAUUGGCAUUAGCAGUUCUCAUUGAAUUUGAUCCAUUAUGGUGGGCUGUUGUAAAACACUGAAUAUUAUUGACAUCUGUCCCAAUUGUACCACUGAUAACUGGCUUUAUUUCCAAUCCCAUGCUGGACCACGCACCUGCCACCAAAUUUUAUUUCUAGAAGGUUUGUAGGUAAAUAGAAAAACUAGUGAACUGAAUGUUGGAAUUUUUUGUGGUGCAGUGUUCUGGUGCAGAUUUGUUGUUUAAAAUGUUAAUGCAUGCAAGUUACCAGUUCACCUGUACUAUAGAUGUGUCCUUGAGCAUAACAUUCAUGUCUGGGUAUUGUUUCCAUGGGUAUGUCUGUUAAGUUUCAUUUUUCCUAUUGAUUUUUACUUUGUGUGGGCCAAACAUUACAUUUGACCAUCAAAAUGUAAGCAUCACUAGUACAUAACCCUAUCUUUUGUGCAGAUGUCUGGUGGUAUGUCAAGGUAUCAACUUGGUUCAAGCCUGUACUCUCCUCACCCUCUCCAAUUUAUUCUGAGACUUCACUGGAACACUUGUAUGGCAAUGCCACUUUGCGUGGUCAUUUGCAAAUGGGGCUUUAAACUGCUUGUGGAAAGAGCCACAAACCAGUAGGUUGUGAAUCUGCCAUUUGUCAUUUUUGGUUAAAGGCUAAAUCUAUUCCCAGAUCCUGAUGUGCCUUCAGAAAUUGUUGUUAUUGGAUUUGAAUUACCAGUUCACAUCAUGUUUUAAUUGAAUUUGAUACUUCAAUUCGUAUUUCAAAUUACAACUAAUUGUCAUUUUUUUUUGUUGGUGCAAGUAUGCUGGGCUGAGGUACAAAGUUUAUUUUGCAUGGGAUCUAUUUGCUUUGGAUAUUUAAACCGUCUAACUUCACCUGGAUUACCUUCACGGUUUUAAUAGUACUGGUAUUUGCAUCACACUGGCUUACCCAUUGAAUAAUUUAUACCUGUAUAUUUUGGGAGGGUUUUAUGAAAUGCUCCUCACUGUUCCCACAGCACAACUUACAUGCAGCAAGAAUUUGGGCCUUGGGCAUAUAUUUAACAUUCAAAAAUGUGCUUGACCAUAGCCCAGACAACUAACUUCACUCAUCUUGAAGCUAUUAGAAAUGUCUUCAUUUGUACAAUUGUUCUUGAUUGACUAUUUAUGAAUAAGUUAUCAUUUUAAAGUUUUAAUUAGUUCCAGGUUGUGACUUUACUGUAGUUUAUCACAGCCCCGCAAGUUUCAGGACCCCACCCCCCUCAAGGCCUGAUGUAGGUUCAGCUGUUUGUGGUGUCAAACUCUAUUCUGUGUACUUGUCUAAACGGGCCAGAUUUAAACACUUCUGAUCACAUUGCAACACUUAUUAGCUGCAACAAAUGGUUCCUAUAAUCUUGAAUUUGAUUUUGUUUUUCACCCUUUCACUCUUGUUCACAAUAAUAUAUACUCGCUGCAUUUGGCAUUAAAUAGAUAACAGAUAUAAUAUUGUAGGCAAUGCCUUUUUAUUGGGCAGGUAAUGUUAGUGAUUGAUUUAACACCAAUUUCCUGCCACUCUGCACUAUAGUACCACUUUAUUUGUUCAGUGUAUUUCAGUCUCUUUUAGGCUACAGUAUUGGGAAUGAUACCAAGGUGGAAAUUUGCAUAAAGUGUCCAUUGCUUGGCUGACUGAUGCUGGGAGUCGUGAUCAGACUGUCACCAAUCUCCUUUGUCCAGCAUGCACACACAUCUAAGCCAAACCCUGAUGACAUACCUGUUGUACCUGAGCUUGCAUGUCCAGAAAUUGCAAGUAUUUCCAGACUUUAAGGAACUUGCAAUCUUACUCAGAAGUUUGAUUUUCUGGUUUAAUCUACUCCACUAAAUCAUCAACAUUGAUAUUUAAAGGACCUUGAGAAUUGUUAUCUAAGUGAAUACUGAACAUUUGGGAAAUGAAUGUUGUCUGUUGCUUUGACUAGAUAUCUAGCUCUAAAUUUUAUUGUUCUAGACAUAUGCACUGAAUUAAAUCUCCAAUGUUGAUAGUUUAGAUUUUGGAUCCUUGUUUGUGAUCCCAGCUCCUUUACCAGCUGUGUCUGGGCAUUGGUUCAAUUGUUGCCGUGUAUCAACAAUAGCCCAAGCUACCAAAUCCUACCCUGGUUUAAAAUUCCAGUAGUUGACUUGUGAUGGGCUAUGUUGGUGGUUUCUAAACUCAACAGAUCAAUAGUGUGCCACUGGGCUUUACCAGCUGUGGCAAUUUCCCUUCUGUUGUUCUGGAAGUUAAAAUCCAUAAAUGAAGCAUUGGUAAUGUACAUGUGGACUCUCUCUUCUCUGCUCCCCCCCACCCCCUGACUUUGAGUUGGUGUGUUUGUCUGUGGCUAUCCUCUGCAUAAUCUGUAAAAUGACUUGUCCUUAAACUUUUGAAGAUGGAGACCACCUUUCUUGGAUUUCUUGUUGUUGAUGCUGCUGUCUGUGGAGAUUGAAAUAAAGUCUACUUCCCUCUU